AUGUCAUCACUUUUUGCUACAUCUACUGUUUCAUAUGGAAAAGGAGGUAAAAGUUGUAUAAAAGUUGGAAUUCGUAUUCGACCUCGAAGUUCAAAAGAAAUAGAAAAAAAUGAUCCAUCAGUGCUUCGAAAUGUAGGCUCAUCAAUUAUGUUAGCUGAUGGUGAAAAAGAAAAAAAGUUUUCUGGAUAUGAUUUUGUAUUAGAUGAAUCUGUGACACAAUGUCAAUUAUAUAAAAAAAUGGUAGCAGAAUAUAUUCCUCAACUGUUAUCUGGAUAUAACUGUACAAUAUUUGCUUAUGGACAAACUGGAACAGGAAAAACUUUUACAAUGGAAGGUAAAUGUGACAAUUUAGAUGAAGAUGGUACUUUUAAAUGGGAUUCUAAUAACAGUGCUGGUGUUACAUCAAGAGCUAUGCAACACAUAUUUACUAUGCUUAAUAUUCCUACAUGUACUCGAAAAAGUAUAACAAUAACAUAUGUAGAAUUAUAUAAUGAAGAAGUAUAUGAUUUACUUGGAGAUGAUAUUUCAAAAAAGUUAAAGAUUUUUGAUGAUGCACAAAAUUCAGGGAGUGUUUGUAUUAAAGAUGUCAAAGAAUAUGUAGUGAAUAAUAUGCGAGAUGUAUAUAAACUACUUAAACAUGGUGCUUCAAUGCGGCAAACAGCUGCCACUGCAAUGAAUCAACGAAGUUCUCGUUCUCACGCUGUCUUUACAGCUAUUGUUGAUUGGGAUGAAACUUUAGGGCAAGAAGUAACAACCAGGAGAGGAAAAAUAAAUCUUGUCGAUUUAGCUGGAUCUGAAAAUAUUGGAAAAAGUGGAGCAACUAAGGGAAGUGCUCGUGAAGCUGGUAAUAUUAAUACAAGUCUUCUUGCUUUAGGACAAGUUAUUAAUGCUUUAACGGAAAGAAGUUCACAUAUUCCUUACAGAUCUUCGAAAUUAACAAGAAUUCUCAAAGAUUCACUUGGAGGAUCAGCAUUAACAUGUUUGAUUGCCGCUAUUUCUCCAACAAUGUCUAAUAAAGGAGAAACUAUUUCAACUUUAGAGUAUGGAUUAAAGGCAAUGAAUGUUGAGAAUGAUAUUCGAGCUAAUAUUAAAGCACGACGUGAUCAACUUUUCUCAACAUUUAGUAUUAUGAAUGAUUAUAUUCGAAGAAUUAACGGGUACUUUCGUGAUGCUGCUUUAACAACAAAUCGAAGUAAAUUGCUUUCGCUUAUGGAUAAAGAUUUAUUCUCUAAAAUUGAUAGUCUUAUUUUAAAAAAAGAUGAUCUUUUCGAAGAAGCUCAUAUAUGGUUUACUACUAAUACAGAGGCUUUAAAUAAUUUUGAAGAAGAAAUGAAUGAACAGGCAAAAAUACUAAAUGACCGUGAAUUUGCUGUCAUGGCUUUAAAGUUUAAAAUGGAAUUAUUGGAAGAUGAAAUUCAAGAGGAACUAAACAAUAUUGAGAAGUUAAGUGAAAAAUCCAAGGAGAUGCUAGUGAAUUCACAAAAUUGUCACGAUACAUUAUCUAGUAAAAUUCUUUUUUUGGAGGAAAAGUGUUGUCGUGGGCAAGAACUUUUUAAAAAACAAAAAAACUUUUUUAAUCAAUAUGCUCAGGAAAUUCAGCAUAAAUUGAAUGAAUGUGAAGAAUUAGAAAAAGUAACAAUCUCAAAUAUUGAUAAUAAAUUAAAAGAAUUAAGAGCAGGUUUAACAACUGAAAUUGAUAGUAUAGCAGAGAUAAAAAAUAUUGAGACAAAAGAAAACAUAGAAUCUGCCAACAAAUUGCUUGACUCAGUUACAAAUGUAAAGGAUUCAAUUGUCAAAGUUUUAAAUUCACAGGACAUAAUAUUAGAGUCAUUCAAAACAAAUAAGGAUAAAUUUGAAGCUAGUGUUGAUGGUAAGUUUCAAGAAUUAAAGGCAAUACAAAAUUAUACUACGGAAAUACAAUUUGCUUGUGAAGGAAAAUUAAAGGAAAAUAUCGCCAUUAACGAAGAAAUUAAUUUGAUUGAUAAAUACUCUCAGGAAAUUAAAUCCUUAAUUAAAUCUCCAGAAAAAUCAAAAGCUGCCAUUGAAUUAGAAAAGUAUCUUUCUGAAAUAGAAAAUUUUUAG